AUGGAAUUCCUCGGUCUGCUGCUGUCCCUCAUAACUGCUGCUGCUGCAGCACCUCAGGGAUAUACCCUAGGGACACCCUCUACUGCAGGACUUGCUACUGGGCCCGGAUCCUCUGCCGCUGUGACCGGUGGAGACCUCGUCAAUGGAGGUGCAGCUACUGGAUGCCGAGAGGGAGAAGUCCUUCAUGUAGACGGUACAUGUGUAGUUCCUGAAGUCAAAAGAAAAGUCUACGUGUUUAAUGUGCCUGAACAAGAGAGACCCGUUGGUCCAGCACCUAGUAUUCCUCCUCCAGCAGUAGACCACAACAUCUUGUUCGUACGCCUUCCCGAGGAAGCACCUGCACCUGACCCCAUCGUACUUCCUCCACCAAGGCAGAAUAACAUUGUAUAUGUACUCAACAAGCAAGAAGAACAAGCUCAACGAGUGAUCGAAGUACCAGCUCAGCCACAGGCUGAUCCCGAAAUUUAUUUCGUCAACUAUCAAGAUGGCGAGAAUCCGACCCUUCCAUUAGGAGUAGACCUUGAAACUGCUCUUAGUUCGGCUGCCGCAGCCGGUGGUCAGGUUUUAGGAGGCAUCGAUGGAACUGGUGGAGUAGCUGGAGUUAAUGGAGCAGCCGGAUUUGGUGGCCCUAGUGGAAUUAAUGGUUUUAUUGGUGUAAAUGGACUUGGAGGUGCAGGUGGAGUUUCUGGUGGACAUGGAAUUAAUGGUCAGAGUGUAAAUGGAUUUGGAGCAGGUGGAGUUAAUGGUGCAAAUGGAUUUGUUAAUGGAGUCGGUGUUGGUCUAGGAGUUAAUGGCGGUAUAGGAGGAUUACAGACCGGUUCAGUAGGCAGACCAUCUGGACUAUAUACCUCACCCUAGAUCUAACAUUUUUCAUUCAUAUUUCUGUCUAAACUCGUGAACUGUCACGCAUGUACCCCGUAAUAAAUAUCUACAUACA